AUGAAGCCUUGGGAUUUCUACUGGGCGCUGACCGAUGCAUCUCGGUGGCGGGCUGCCUGGAUUCGCAAAGUUCUCACCAUGAUCACGCUUCGGGCGGCUGUAGACGCAAGGACCAGCACUGGUGCAGGUUCCACAAUACGAGGCAUCCUUGAGAGCCAGGGUUCAGACUCGUGGCAGAGGGGCUCGCCCGUCGACAACAGCAUAGGCACGCCGCCUAAUGAGGCUAAAAUCACGGGCCUAACCGCCAUGCAUGGCAACGAGGUCACACACCGGGGCUGA